UGUCCUUACUGGACUACAAGAAUCUCAAGACAAACCCCUUUGUUAACGCACCUACGGCGCCAUGUCCCUAAUUAGGUGAGGUUAGCUUUGCAUAGCUGACCCUUUAUCGCACUUUCCGUUCGUUCCCAUCGCUUCAACACACGGGUACUGUAAUGGGUCCUGUGUGGAGGCGGAUAGCGGUUCUGUUCCUGACGUGCACCGCCGUACUCCUCCCGCUGGCCGCUUCAGAUCCGAGCGACGAGCUCUGUUUGACCCGUUUCAGCGCCGCCUUGGAAGACCCUCUCCACAAUCUCCAAAACUGGACCAAAUCCGCCUUCUCCCUCCCCUGCAACGGCUUCACCUCCAACCUCCAUGGCGCCGUUUGUAACAAUGGCCGCAUCUAUAAGCUCACCCUCUCCAGUUUCUCCCUCAAAGGCUCCAUCUCUCCCUACCUCUCCAAUUGCACCAAUCUCCAGGCCUUGGACCUCUCCUCCAAUUACCUCUCCGGCCCCAUCCCGCCGGAGCUCGGGUUCCUCGUUAACCUCGCCGUCCUCAACCUCUCCGACAACCUCCUCUCCGCCCCGAUCCCGCCGCAGCUCACCCUCUGCGCGUACCUCAACGUCAUCGAUCUCCACCACAACCUCCUCUCCGGGCCCCUCCCGCCCGAAUUGGGCCUCCUGGCGAGGCUGUCAGCGUUCAAUGUCUCGGAAAACAGGCUGUCCGGCCCAAUCCCGGCGUCUCUGGCCCGAUUCAAUGCCAGCUCGUUCGAGAGGAAUAAGGAUCUUUACGGGUACCCUCUGCCGGCAAAGAGCAGUAACGGGCUGUCUGUAAUUGUCAUAGUUGGGAUUGGAUUGGGAAGCGGUAUUUUGAGCUUAGUGUUGAGCUUCACCGCCGUCUGUGUGUGGCUGAGAGUGACGGAGCAGAGAUUGGCUGCCGCGGAAGAUGGAAACAAAAACAGUCAGCUAAUGCCUGAUUAUUAACAAACAACAAUUUGAGUAAUCUGUAUAAGAUGAAUAUGGAGUAUAUUAUUAUCACACAAUUGCUGUUUUCCUUAAUUUCGCGCCUGUCAUUUAAUUAGAAUUUUAUUUCUUGAUGAUGAACAAAUCAAUAGAGAAUGUACUACUCAAUAUACUCCCUCCGUCCCUAAUCUUUCUCCCUUUUCGGCUGGGC